AUGUCGCAGUUCAACGCCAAUAACAGUGAAGCAAACCAAAAUCUUCCACCACCGAGUCGAAUGGCAACUCCCGGAAAAGCUACAGUUCUUGCAAUUGGCAAAGCCUUCCCUAGCCAAAUUGUCCCUCAAGAUUUCUUGGUCGAGGGCUACAUUCGCGACACCAAAUGCGAUGACUUGGCCAUUAAGGAGAAACUCGAGCGACUGUGCAAGACCACAACAGUGAAAACAAGGUACACAGUUAUGUCUAAAGAAAUCCUCACCCAAUACCCGGAGCUCGCCACAGAAGGCUCGCCCACCAUCAAGCAGCGGCUCGACAUAGCCAACCCAGCUGUCCUCAAGAUGGCCACCGAAGCCAGUUGGGCCUGCCUCAACAACUGGGCCCGGCCCAAAUCCGACAUCACCCACAUAGUCUAUGUCUCGUCCAGCGAGAUCCGCUUACCUGGCGGCGACCUCUACCUGGCCAACGAGCUCGGCCUCAACAACGACGUCGGCCGCGUCAUGCUCUACUUUCUCGGCUGCUAUGGCGGCGACAUAGCGGAGAACAAUCCCGGAAGCCGCGUGCUGCUCACGACCUCGGAGACAACCAUACUGGGAUUCCGUCCGCCGAACAAGGCCCGACCGUACGACCUGGUUGGCGCGGCCCUAUUCGGAGACGGCGCUGCCUCCGUCGUCAUCGGGUCCGACCCGACCGGAAACGAGCGACCCUUUAUGGAGCUCAGUCACGCGAUGCAGCAGUUCUUGCCGGAUACGAGCGGCGUCAUCGACGGCCGGUUGUCGGAGGAAGGAAUUUAUUUCAAGCUGGGAAGGGAUUUGCCUCAGAAAAUUGAGGACAACAUUGAGGAGUUUUGCAGAAAGCUGAUGGAGAAAGGUGGGCUAGUGGGCCGAGAGUAUAAUGAGUUGUUCUGGGCCGUGCAUCCUGGUGGGCCGGCGAUACUGAACAGGCUGGAAAGUAAACUGGGACUGGAGAAAGAGAAGCUGAGCUGCAGCAGGCGGGCCUUGAUGGACUACGGGAAUGUGAGCAGUAAUACUAUAUUUUAUGUGAUGGAGUAUAUGAGGGAUGAGCUGAAGGGGAAAGGAGAGGGGGGUGAGGAGUGGGGCCUGGGCUUGGCAUUUGGGCCUGGGAUUACGUUUGAGGGAAUUCUUCUUCGUAGCCUGUGA